AUGGAGGCGAUGCCCUGCCAGAACCAGCGGCUGGGCCCGCGGCCGCAGGACGAGCAGCCGGCGGCGGCGACAGCGACAGCGGGCGGCGGCUCCCGGCUGAUCCGCUUCGCGGAGCCCGGCGAGGACAGCGGCAGCCCCAGCCCGGACAGCAGCAGCAGCAACGGGGGGGUGGUGGUGGCGGCGGCGGCGCCGCCGAUCCCCGCCGGGGAGGGCGGCGCGCCGCCGCUCGGGCCGCAGCUGAAGCUGCUGCCCAUGAACGACCAGCUCCGGGAGCUCCAGACGAUCAUCAGGGACAAGAAAUCCAGUAGAGGAGACUUCGUAUUUUCUGCUGAUCGUCUGAUCAGACUUGUGGUUGAAGAGGGACUGAAUCAACUGCCUUACACAGAAUGUACCGUGACCACUCCAACAGGACACAAGUAUGAAGGAGUCAGAUUUGAAAAGGGAAACUGCGGAGUCAGCAUAAUGAGAAGCGGAGAGGCAAUGGAACAAGGUUUACGAGACUGCUGUAGAUCAAUCCGCAUAGGAAAAAUCCUGAUACAGAGUGACGAGGAGACUCAAAGAGCGAAAGUGUACUAUGCGAAGUUUCCACCAGACAUUUACAGGAGAAAAGUUCUUCUUAUGUACCCAAUACUAAGUACUGGUAAUACUGUUAUUGAGGCUGUCAAAGUUCUUGUAGAACAUGGCGUACAACCAAGUGUCAUUAUCCUGCUAAGCCUAUUCUCCACACCUCACGGUGCCAAAUCUAUCAUCCAGGAAUUCCCAGAGAUCACCAUUUUAACUACAGAAGUUCAUCCUGUUGCACCAACACACUUUGGACAGAAGUAUUUUGGAACAGACUGACACACUCGGAACAAACGGAUGUGACUAUAGGAUGUUACGAGAGGUUUUUUUCCUACGUUUUAUUAUCAUUGAGUUGGUUGAGGGCAUGUUUAAAAAUCUUUUUGGCCAAAGGGGGAAAUACUUGACUUAAAUUAGUUCUGGUCAGCUACUGCUUGAACACCGAAUCAGGUACAGUAACAAAGCACUCUGUCAUUACAAAGUCAAGCAUCUCAAUGUUGGGGUUGUAUAAAUUGCUACACUCUCUGCUUUAACUUAUUUAUUCUUCUAUAGCCUGUCCUGUGGCUGCUUGCAAGAGCAAAAUAAAACAACGAAAU